AUGUCCGCAAAUACGGCGCAUACGGCCGAUGGAGCUGGAAUACUGUUGUAUUCUGGAGAAAUGUAAGUCAUUAUCUAGUUUACUGAUGUUUUAAAUUUAGGAUCAUAUUAUAUGCCAAGCAUGUUGAGAUGACCUUCACUUCGAUUACUGAGAGUUUUUUCAAAGGGAAGAAGUACGGAAACCUCUACUUGACCUCUCAUAGAGUAAGUUGCUGCUCUUAUUUUAAGUUACUUUACCCAAAUCAGUAGUAAUGCCUUAUUUUUUUAUUAAAUUUGAUUUGAAUGCCUCUAACUGAAUUAUAUUUUAGAUAAUCUUCCUAAAUGAUGACAACAACGCUCUCAAAUCCCUCUCUAUGCCUUUCAGCUGCAUGACGGAUAUAAAUUUGGAACAGCCUUUGUUUGGCGCCAAUUAUAUCAGCGGGAAAUUAACGGGACAGCCAGGAGGAAACUUUGAAGGACAAAUUGGAUGGAGAUUAACUUUCCCCAAGGGUGGCUGUAUCGACUUUGGAAAGGCGUUGAGGCAAGCAGUCAUCAUGGGUAAGAUCAUUUUUAUUGUUUAAUAUAAUUUGUAGUGCAAAAUCAAGGAGUCCGACCUCCGAAUGCCCCACCUCCGUAUGUUCCACCAGCUGGAAGUUACUUUGCCCCUCCACCGGCAUAUUACUCUGCCAAUCCAACUCAUCUUGGACAAUUCCAGGCUCCAACAAAUGUUUUCCCGGAUAGACCAGAAGGUAAGAGAUCCUAGAUUUGUCCAGAUUUACUCUCCUGUGGUACUACUUUCCGUUUUUAACAGAACUUUAUGUCGCGAGUGUGCAUAAAUUGGGCAACAUUUAUUUUCAAUUUUUAGAAGGAACUGUCUAUGUGUUCGAACAGCCUCCUCCAUAUGCAGGAAUACCAUUAGCUAACCAAAACCAACUCUAUCCUGACCUCCGCCAGCGAAAUGUCCACAAUCCAGAGGUCCCACCUCCAUAUCCAAGUGAAUCAACCACGAAUCCAACGGCUCCUCCAAAUUAUGACGACGCCACGAAACUACCCGAGAAACCCAAGGUCGCCUGA